CGUGAAAAGUGCAGUCGGCGUGCAAGGAAAAAAAGCAUCGAAAUAAGGAGUGAGCCGAAGAAGUGCCGGAGCAGGCCGUGCUGCCCGACGACAGAUUGUGCCGGAAAAAGCCUUCGUGAAGAAGGCCGUUUUACCGGAUACCAGCAGCCGGCCAAGGGCCAGACUGUGACAAAGGCAAAACAGCCUGCCUCCGAUUGCCGUGCGGUCAAUUUUCGUCUUUUAUUCGGCAGGAGGGAAAAUUUUUUAUCAAGAUCCCUAAAGAUCCACCCGACAGUGCCGCUCUGCAGUGUGGGCUACCAGAGAGCCAAUAUAGCCGGACAUUUCGCGCGCCUAGGAGAAAUCCCGGCGGCGCGACGUAUCGUGCAUUUAGUUUCGGCCUCGAACGCUGUGCGGGCAUUAUCGAGCGGAAGAAGGGUGGCGGAACAUACGCGUGCCAAGGAUCAGUCCCGGCGGCGCGGUUUAUCACUGUUUCCGGCCACGAGAGCCGAUUUGCGGCUGUAGGCGAUUUCGUCAUUGUGUUGCUGUUAGUUUUUAAAGGGACGAGCCGAAGAAGUUGAGCUCGACCAACCCGUGCCCAGGAUCAUUCCCGGCGGCGCGACUGAUCGUGUUUUCCUCGGCCAAAAGAGCCGUGCCGACAUUGGCCGAACAAACGUGCGGCCAGGAUCAUUCCCGGCGGCGCGAUUCAUACGCGUUUCCUGUCACAAGUGCCGAAUUACCAUUGUUGGCUGUCACUGCUGUUGUGUUGCUGCAGAGUCAUUGAGAAAGGAGUCGAAGGAGUGUCGUUCCCAUUUUGCGCGCCUAGGAAACAAAUUCCCGGCUGCGCGACUACCUGCAAAAUCGUUGCUCGGCGGAACGAGCUGAAGGAGGAAGUGUUUGCGUGCCGGCUCGCAGUGCCGAAGGAAAUAGGAGUAACGGCUCGCAGUGCCGCAGGAAGAGUGGUGAUCCGAGGUGGCGAUAUCACAGGUGAGCUUUAGUCAAGGGGGACUGGUGGGUGGAUAAAAACCUAUUUCCCUCGCGCACAAUUGCGCAAUUUAUUAAAUAUGCCUAUUAUAUCUGUUAGGGACAACCCGAGGCAAUAACAGACAGGCAAUAUUGGCGCCCGAAUUUAAUAGAACCUUUUAAGAUACUACAAAAAUCAAAAUGGACAUUAUUGACUUGAAUGAUGAGGAAAUUGACUACGAGCUUCGACUCAGAAAUAAAUUUGAUCUUGGUUUUAGUAAUCGCAGAACGAAACUUAGCGCGUUGCGAAAUUUAAUCACGGAGGAGAAAAAAGCAAAUUCUUAUGCUAGAUCCUCAACACACGUGAUGAACAUUGAAGAUAAUCUCAAUUUAUGUUUGACUAAUUUAGAAGCGAUAAAAACAAACGUGCGUAAAGCUGUCAAUGAAAAUGAUACGAAUGCUAAACGACAACUAUUCUCGCGUCUUGAGCAUUACCGUAACAGAUUAGAUCUUAUUCCGAAAGAUCAACCGCGAAGUGAAUUGUUAGUGCAACUGAUGAGUGAAGUGAAACAGUUAAAUGCAGCGUUGACAUCGAAUGAUGAUGCAGGUAGAGUAGACAAUAUUCAGCUAGAGGCAGCAGCAAAUCUAACGGUUUUGGACAGGAUGCCGAGAACCUCCAGCCCAUUUAGAGGAUUCGACGAAGAGGAACUGAGGUUGAACGAUCGACGAACCAGGGGUGCAUCUGUACCAUCGACAAAUCCGGUCAAUUUAAGCCGUCAAUCAGAAACCAUGCAACGAACUGGAGCCAUUCCCAAAGCCAGCAACAACACGAGGGAAGGCAACCAGGGGCAGAACAACACCGGAACAAGGAACGACGUCGAGUCUAAUAAAAGGAAUCAACUUGAACUGUUGGAAGAAAUUUUGGAGAGGCUUAGGCAGUUACCUAUCUCGCAACCACAACAGGCAACUCAAAUUCAUCAAGCACCUCAACAAAACAUUAAUGCAGCUCUUCAGCAAUCGGGAAUGCAACAAGUGCAUCAUCUUCCUGAACGUGGAAAUUCACAGCGCGAUCGAGGAGUGCAUCGAGACAACCAGAACAACGAAAUGUCUCAGGAGCUUCGCGACGAAGUACUGCUGUCGAUUCUGAGAGAGCAGAACAGGCACCAGAGAGGACCAAGAGGAAAACCAAUUCACGCAUGGCCUUUCAAAUACGACGGAAAGGGAAGUCCGCUAGAUCUGAUCGUGUUCAUCAAGAAGGUAGAAAAAUUCGCAAUGACCGACGACAUGAAUGGUGACGAAUUGAUGUCACAAAUAAAAUUUCUUCUGGUUGGAAAAGCCUUAGACUGGUUCUGUUUGGCAUGCAAUGCGUACAUCUCUUGGGAUGAAUUUAAAACAAGAAUAAAACAACAAUUUAUUCCUAGAGACUUUGCACAAUUAGUAUCGAUUGCCGCGCAAGUAUCAUCGCUAGCCAGCCUAAUUAAAGUUUGCGAAGAGGUGGAUGAAGCAAAUAUUAAUGGAAGCAGCUUCGCGGGCAAUUCACAUCGCCCACAAGAGCUCGGACGUGCAAAUGUUUACAGGCAGUUAAGACCACAGCUACAAAGUGACAACAGGCCAACAACACAGCAAGGGAUUAACGCAAUCGAAACCGAAAACACACCACAAUGGAAUUCGCCAUUAGUUCAGCAGAACAUGCCGGAUAUGUCACAGCAGUAUAGUAACACAAAUGCAGGUUUGAAUCCAGCGAUGCAGAACUAUGAUCUUUCAACGGAAGGGCAGACUUCUGAACCCAGAUACGGGAACGAAUUCAUAGGAGCAAGUUUCAACGCAGUUCAUGCGGAUAAUCAAGGGCGAAACCAAAGAAUGCCGAAUCGCCAAACUACAGCAAACACGACAUCGACGUUGAGAUGCUGGCAAUGUGGCAGAGACGAUCAUUUCUUCCUAACGUGCCCGUAUCCCAAAACACACCUGUUUUGUUAUCGAUGCGGAAAACAAGGAUACACUGUGAGGAAUUGUACCGACUGUAUUCAAAUGGCCAGAGAUCUCAUGCACAACCAUCCGGGAAACGCCAGAGGCGGCAACUGUUAG